AUGCAGAUCCUCCGGCGGAAGGUUCUGGAGGCUUCCCGCCGCCUCCCUCUCUUCCACACCGCGCACCGCGGCCGGGCCCAUGCGGUGGCCACGCUCGCGGGCGCCGCCGCGCGGUGGGCCCCGCCCGCCGCCUCGGGCUCGCUUGCCGUUGCUCCGUGGGCUGCCACACAGCGCCGCGGCGCCAAGAUGCUCGGCUCCGACGUACGUGAAACUUGGAAAUGUAAUACAAAGAAGAGGUGUGAACUUACAUCUCUUGUGUUUUACUUUUUCUUUCAAGUAUCAUUGACUGUUACUUACUCGUCCCUUUGGCCAACCUUAAAAUUCAAGGUCGCAUUUAUCAGGUAA